AUGAUCUCGGAAGAAAUGAAGAACUGUUUUAGAGAAAACGAAGAGAAUCAACGGCAAACAAAAAAACAUACAGCAAAAGUGGAAGCCUCUUCUAAGCUUUGCGACUUUGAGGAGGAUCAGCCCAUCAGCUAUAAAGGAGCCACUGAACAUGAAGCAACUACUGAAUGGAUUGAAUAUUGCAGAGAACAAGCCAAUAAGGAGAUACUCGACUCUAAAAAUUGUACUAAUGCACAGAAAAAACCUAAAAAGAAGAAGAGUUCAAUCAAGAAAAAGCCAGCAAGUGGCGAACCCAAGGCAUGUCCUAAAACUGAAGACAAGGAAACAUCAACAACUACAAAAGAUCACAGCUGUUUUGCCAAAGGAAUCAAAAAUAUUGAGAAUCAACAAGAUUUGCAAACAAUCAACGAAGAGGAGCAAAAUCAUACAAAGAUGCACACAAGUGAAGAAAUAAAUGAAGAUUACCCCGUACGGCCUAUAGCAGCUUACCUGGAAAUGCGCGCGCAACAAGCACGCGAAUAUCGAGGAGACUUGAGUGAGUUUUUCCAUAUUCUUUUCUUCGCUAAAAUCUCUGGUGAUGGCAGAAAAACUUAG